AUGAUCAAAUUGCUCAUUUUCUCCUCGAUUUUUCAAUAUUUCCUGAUUUUUGGCAAAAAAUUGAACAUAGAUACUGUGUAUAAAGAUAUUCAAUUUGCCAAUUUUUUAAAUGCCGAAUUCAAUUAUUCAUCUUUUUUGGCGCAAGCUGAUAUGACUGCUGAGAAAUAUGUGCCUUUUCAAGAUACCAGUAAUGAUACUUUUUUUCGAGUUGGAUUGUGAGUUUUGGGGGAAUCUGGGAAAACUCCUAGAGAGCCUGGAAGUUUUCGAAAAGCUCUAAAAUGGUCGAGAAGAUCUAGAAGGUUUCUGGAAACUUUGAAAACAUUCCAGAAGCUCUGUAAGCCUCAAAUCUUUCAGGCUCCAUCGUUCCCAGCUCGAAAACUACACAAAAAUCCGAAUGGAAGAUCAACUAGGCUCACUAAAAAAUAAACCCUGGAUGCCAAUCAAAGAGCUCCGUGAAGAAUUUGCAAAUUGUGCACUUUUCAAAUUCGGCUCAUUUUCUGAACACGAUUUCAAAUAUGAUAAAGGAAUGUACGGUUGGAUGAAUAUCAUGAAGUUCUCCUGCACUUUUCUAAGCGAUAAAGUGAUGAUUUUCGCAAUGGCUUUUGCUCGAACCCGAUUUCGUCUAAAUCAAGUUUAUCUUCGAAGACAAAAUAAAUAUUGGGCCACUUCUGGAAGAAGUCUGAUAACUAGAGAUGUUCAGAAAAUUACAGAGAUUUUUACGAUUCGGUUUUCAGAAUUUGUUAAUGACAAAAUUGAGGAGGAAUUAAAGAAACAUGGGCAAUUUCGACACGGAAAAAAAUUGGAAGAAAAUCCACUUUCGAUCAAUAUGGAGACUUUUGAUGAGUUGACUGUGAUGUAUGGAAGAUUGAGAAAACAUUCGAAAAUGUCCGAGAGUCGUGGACAUACUUUUAGCACUAUGGCUAUUGGGGUGGGUACUGUAGAUAGAUCAAAAUUUCUAUAUUGAUUUUGGCAUAUAAUUUCGGAUCAAGCUUAUCAAAAAUUUCCUAUAUUUCAAAAAAAAAAAUUUGCAGGUAAAAACCCGUUUCUUCCUAACCUCUCCCGGUCACGUAAACACAGCAAUUGAGGCAAUUUCCGAAGAACUUUCCGAUGCGCCACUUCAAGUUUUGGACAAUUGUAACACCGAUUUAUGCACCUAUGAUAAUACGGUAGAUUUAGAGAGUCAUAGAGUUAGAGUAAAUCCCCCUAAUUCCAGAAAAACGUCACAUUUCACAUGAAAACUGAAACUCACAAAUUCAGCAAAGAAAAUGCGUUUAUUCAUACUGUCAAUCCGAGGUAUACUGUAGUCGCCUAUCAAGUUGCAAAACCGUAUUUUGUUUUUGAGACAAUGAAGAGGAAGACUGCUAUCAAAAUUGUGUAAGUUGGGGGGAUACUGUAGCUCAAAAGUAGAUCAAAAAAUUUUGCAGAGAUGUGAAGCAGAACUACGACGCAAAGGCUGAUAAUAUCUGGAAAAAAUUGUUGGAUCAACAAUUUACGCUCGCAAUUCACGUCCACAAUCAAGCAAUGUUUCCAUUUGGCCGCAAGACAUCGUAA